AAACAUACAAGUGAAAAUUAAUUAGUACGAGCAAACAAAACAUUGGCAACUAACAUGGCAGUCUUCUUACUAGUCUUCUUAUUGCUGGGUAUUCUUCCCAACUUACACGGCCAGGAGGUAGGCAGCCUGAGGCUGGUCAGGUCAGGCCGAACAGGAGGCUCCUCUGGCAGACUGGAGGUCUAUUACAGUGGACAAUGGGGGACAGUGUGUGAUGACAGCUUUGGCUCAAACGAUGCAAACGUGGCUUGUGCUCAGCUGGGCUACACCCGAGGCUAUUGCUGGGGGACGGUGGGAGCACUGGGUUUUUCUCGAGCCUCUACCAGAGUUCGUAUCUGGUUGGACGAUCUCCGCUGUGGUAGCAAUGACACGACUCUCCUCAGCUGUUCCCACGGUGGACUGGGAGUGACGGACUGCACUCACUCGGAGGAUGUGGGUUUAGUCUGUGCACCACAGAACAACUGUAAUGGGCUGACCACUGCAAGCAGUGGGUCUUACGUCUACUACUACUCAUCCGGUGCUGCCUCCACCGGGAUCUUCGUGGCAGUCUGUCUCUGCUACCUUCUCGUCAAGAGCGUUUUCAGGAAUUCGAAUGGUCACCGCUCCAGUCGACACCACCACGCUCGAUUACCCACGACUAGAGCCCCUAGAACGAGAGUAGCAACAACAACCGUCAGUCCGACCACCACAUCAGGUGACGCUACUCCUCAAGUUUAUGUACCAGAGCCGACUAAACCUACCACCUGGACUUCGCAAGCCCCUCCAAGUUAUUUCGCAGCCGUAGGAACGGCGGAUUAUCAAGUACAAGAUCUGGAAAUAAGUUCCGAAGGAAGGCAAGAAACGGUGGCAUUGACUACCUAUCCAGAUGCCCCCCCACCUCCCUAUCCUGGUAGCCCAACUGAAAUGGUUGAUUAUCAGUCACUUUAUCUGUCAACAUGGUUUGUGGAGGAGAAUAACCUCAAAAAUAUCCCCUGUGUACUGAGGCAUUCAUUUGGUUUCAAAAUGGCAGGCUCUACAAGUUAUUUCUUUUUGAUUAUCUUGGGCUUCUGUUUUUCUGACACCCAAGGUCUUACUAAUGGAAACUUGAGGCUGGUAGGCAACUCAGGCCAAACAGGAGGCUCCUCUGGCAGACUGGAGUUCUAUUACAAUGGACAAUGGGGGACAGUGUGUGAUGACAACUUCGGCUCAAAUGAUGCAAGGGUGGCUUGUCGUCAACUAGGGUACCAGUAUGGGCGAGUAAGAACAGGUUUUUCUCAAGCAUCAUCAACCACUCCGAUAUGGCUGGACGAGCUUCGUUGCUUAGGAACUGAGAGCAGACUCAUUAAUUGUCCUGCUAAUGCUAUCGGAGUUGAAGAUUGCACCCAUUCAGAAGAUGUGGCCUUGAUUUGUACUACAGGUGGUGGUGGAAGUGAAAGUGGUGGGUCAAACAUCCCAGCUUAUUCCGGUGGAGGCGUUGGUUCCGUCAUAUCCAUCUGUGUGAUCAUAUGCUGUUGUGUAUGCUGCUACUACUACUUCAAACCUGAUUCCUCAGGCUCCACCAGACAAUAUAGUCUUCCACCACGAGUGAAGAUGAUUUUUGUCACCACAGGAGAUAGUCCUCCCCCAUACACAAGUUAAUAUGCUGUUCAAAUCUAUAUUAUAGCUAUAUAGUGCAUGGAUAUAUAUAUAUAGUGUAUACAUGCAUGUAUUUUCCUUAUAUAGAAUUUGUCGCAAAACAAUUAUGUCAACACAAUUAUUUUUUGCUAGCAAUGAAUUGUAGGAGUUAUAUAUUCAUGCCCUACGUA